AUGUCCCGACACGCUAAGGUUCAGUUUCAACGGAGUGCCAUUACCAAUGAGGACAUACUGUGGACGUUCCCAAUCCCAUACAGUCUAAACAAAGGACUUGAGAUGAACGCCAAAGGGGUCAUCCUGAGAGCCAUGGACCAGUUCAGGUUGAAGUCAUGCAUUGACUUCAAACCAGUGAACUCUGAGGACUAUUUCCUUCACAUUCAAAAGUUAGGAGGAUGUUAUUCAUAUAUUGGGCGUGUCAUAGGGGGGGGACAGGACGUUUCCAUCGGAAGAUACUGCGACGAGAUUUCAACUGUUGAACAUGAGUUCCUCCAUGCUUUAGGCUUCUACCACGAACAGUCCAGAUACGACAGAGAUGAGUUUGUGAAAAUUGCAUUCGAGAAUGUCAUUAAAGGACGAGAGAAUAAUUUCAGAAUAGUUGACAAAGAAAGCAGCACCACCCAGGGAGUCCCAUACGACUACUAUUCAGUGAUGCACUAUGGCAAAAAUGCAUUCAGCAAUGGCAACGGGACCACAAUUGUUACCAAGGACCCAAUGUUCCAGGAUGUUAUUGGUCAGAGACUGGAAAUGAGUCCCAGAGAUGUAAAGGAGCUGAACCUCCUCUACAAAUGCAACUCCACCGUUGCAUUUAUGUUGCACUGCAGCUUCUCUAGCAAGGACAUGGAUCACUUUAAAAGCUGUUCAAAGAGUGGCAUGAACUGGUUGAUGCUGACCACUACAACUGCAGGUCCUAAAACUGACCACACCGGUCUACCCACUGGUGGACCUGCUCCACGUAAUCAUGAUCACAGUGGAAGUUACUUCAUGCAUGCUAGCACAGCAAAAGGUAUGAUGGGAGACUCUGCCUGGCUGGAGACCCAAGAGAUGAGUCCCAAUAGGGAUUGUCAUGUCCAGUGCCUCCAAUUCUACUAUUACAACAGCGGAAGCGUUUCGGACCAGCUCAACAUCUGGAUCAGAGAGUUUCAUGGUGAAUGGGACACCACUGGAACCCUGCGCCUCGCGGGACAGAUCACUGGUCGACGAACAUCUCACUGGCAGCUGCAGCAUGUUUCCCUGAAUGCCACCAAGCACUUCCAGGUGGUGUUUGAGGUUCGCAAAGGACCAGGAAAAUCUUCAGGUGGCUUCUCGAUCGAUGACAUCAAUCUCUCUGAGACAGAAUGUCCACAUGUGACCAUGCAGUUCGACAACUUUGUGGAACUUGUGAAAACCAGUGCCUUCGGUCACAAUAUAUACAGCGAUCGGCACUACUCCAGUGGUGGCUAUGCUUAUGCGGUUGGGAUAUCACUGUACAGGAGUUAUGUUGGACUGUUUGUGCAGCUCUUGUCUGGUCAAUAUGAUGACGAGCUGGAGUGGCCGGUCCCACAUAGGCAAGUGACCUUCCAAAUGCUGGAUCAGACCGCUAACCUCCAGAUGCAGAUGUCCAAGCAACGCAGUAUCGUCAGUGACCGCACCAACACUAGUAAUGGCAAAUUUUUGUGGGGCAAUCCUCAUGACACUGGAAGUCCAUAUGUGGAUGUCAAUAAUGAGACCAUCUUUGCCGGACCCCUGAUUGGCAAACGGUAUUUUGCCUACAUGGAAGAAAUAGGAUACGAUCACUUCCUAAAGGGAGGGAGUGCCAUUUUCACUUUCAGUUUCCAAGAUCUGACUCCUCUCGUUGAUGGACAUGUGCUACCGUGUCCUCGAGUGCCCCCAGUGGAGACAGCGCAUCCUACUAAGCAUCACAACCACGGCCCAUGCUCAGGACGGACCUCCACCACCCACCAUCCCAAGACCCACCACCCCACCACCCACCAUCCCAAGACCCACCACCCAACCACCCACCACCCCACCACCCGUCCGAUGGUUAAAACUACAGAUGACGACAGGUAUUAA